AAUAGUCGAGCAAUCAACGUAGAGUGUAUUUCGCGUCUGCUACCAAGAACAGGCACUGAAGGUUCUUCCUAUUUUCUUCCAUAAAUCUUCGCGAUGGAUGAUUACUUUACCGAGAAGCUUAAUGAAUUUGUCAUAAACCAAUUGAAAUCUUUCGGUGCUCCAUUUGAGCGAAUAGAAGGUAGCCUAUGUAUUAGAUUUGAUAUGGAGAAUGAAAAAUGUUUCGAACUGAAUGCCGACUACGCCAGAACAAGUGAAAUCCCGCCAAGAACGUCAGGUUGUCUUAAAUCGAAUGUUGGUGAUUUUAUUCGUAAACAUUACGUUGGUGAUCGCCGUGGAAAACUAUGCGGGCUCGUUAAAAUCUAUAAUGGAGAACAGUAUGUUUCUGUGGAUUUAAAUGCGGAAUAUGAUGGUGUUGAAAGGGACGUGGCGAAAAAAAAGAAACGUCGGAACAUGACAUCGUCAGUGGAUGUUCAAAAAUUUGGUCCCAAUGAGCAAGUUGACUGUAAAAUCUGUAAUUUGUCUUUGAACGCUCAAGCUAUGCAGCAUCAUCUUUACGACCGCCAUUUUGAUAAUAUCGGAUCUAACUGCAAGGCUUAUAUACGGCACUAUGAAACCGGAAAGAAAUACAGAUGUACAGUGUGUGAUUUCUCUUCGGACCGGAAUAAAAGUGUUCAUGUUCAUGUACGUCGUUUACACAUGUUAAACAAACGGUAUGAAUGUCCCCUUUGCAGGACAUCUAUGCCAAACGUGCACAAGAUGCAUGAGCAUAUCAGACAGCAUUUUGCGGUAUUGACUAAAUACUUGGGAUUUGAUGUUUUAAGAGGAGCCAAGAAUGUUGUGGACUUGUAA